AUGAAUCCGCACCAGAAGAACAAGGUCGACGUCAAGUCCCUCUCCCCCGAAGAGUUUCGCAUCUUCCGCCUCUACGGCAAGCUCCCCACGCGCUCCGACCACUUCGCCAAGCACCUUAAGGACCGCAAGUACUUUGACUCGGGCGACUAUGCCAUGUCCAAGGCCGGCAAGGGCGACGGCGUCGAUGCCGGCGCCGUCGGCUCCCAGCACCCCGUCCCGGAAAACAUCCCCCACCUCUCGUCCCCCGUCAACGGCGGCCCCAACGGCCCCAAGCACACCCACCACGGCUCUAUCCAGGCCGUGAGCCCCGUCAAGGAGAGCAGCUUUCUCAACCGCGAGACGAGCGCCGAGGGUGCUACCACAAUGCCUGGCGAAAAGGACAAGCAUGACGCCGCCACCGCUUCUGCGUCUCCAGAGCCCGCCGCCGGCGACGGAAUUCCCAUUCGGCACUAG